CCCAGCAGGGUCGGCGGCGCGCUGCGGGACCCCGCGUCCAGGCCUGCGGCGAACGGGUCCGGAGCCCGUCCUCCCGGGUCGCCGGCGCCGAGCCGCCUCCGGUCACGUGACGCGCCGAUGGUCACGCGGGCGCCGCUCACCUGACCAGGGCCUCACGUGGCCCAGCCCGCUGGGACGGAGGUGACCGGCGGGCCAUGGCAGGCUCCAGGCUUUGGUUUUCGCUGCUGCUGGCGGCAGCGUUCGCGGAGCCGGCGACGGCCCUGUGGCCCUGGCCCCAAUACAUCCAGACCUUCGACCGGCGCUACGUCCUCUAUCCGAACAACUUCCGAUUCCAGUACCACGUCAGUUCGGCCGCGCAGCCCGGCUGCUCCGUCCUCGACGAGGCCUUCCAACGCUACCGUGACCUGCUCUUCGGUUCCGGGUCUUGGCCCCGUCCUAACCUCACAGGAAAACGACAUACAUUGGAGAAGAAUAUAUUGGUUGUCUCUGUGGUCACAUCUGGAUGUAACCAGUUUCCUACUUUGGAGUCAGUGGAGAAUUAUACCCUGACCAUAAACGAUGACAAAUGUUUACUUGUCUCUGAGACUGUCUGGGGAGCUCUCCGAGGUCUGGAGACUUUUAGCCAGCUCGUCUGGAAAUCUGCUGAGGGCACGUUCUUUAUAAACAAGACUGAGGUCAAAGACUUUCCCCGCUUCCCUCACCGGGGCCUGCUGUUGGAUACGUCUCGCCAUUACCUGCCACUGUCUAACAUCCUGGACACUCUGGAUGUCAUGGCGUAUAACAAAUUAAAUGUGUUCCAUUGGCAUCUGGUGGAUGACCCUUCCUUCCCAUACGAGAGCUUCACUUUUCCAGAGCUCACCAGAAAGGGGUCCUACAACCCUGUCACCCACAUCUACACAGCGCAGGAUGUGAAGGAGGUGAUUGAAUAUGCGCGGCUUCGGGGCAUCCGUGUGCUGGCAGAGUUUGACACUCCUGGCCACACUUUGUCUUGGGGACCAGGUAUCCCUGGAUUAUUGACUCCCUGCUACUCUGGGUCUCAGCCCUCUGGCACCUUUGGCCCCGUGAAUCCCAGUCUCAACAAUACCUAUGAGUUCAUGAGCACAUUCUUCUUGGAGGUCAGCUCUGUCUUCCCGGAUUUUUAUCUUCACCUUGGAGGAGAUGAGGUUGAUUUCACCUGCUGGAAGUCCAACCCAGAUAUCCAGGACUUUAUGAAGAAGAAAGGCUUUGGUGAGGACUUCAAGCAGCUGGAGUCCUACUACAUCCAGACGCUGCUGAACAUCGUCUCCUCUUAUGGCAAGGGCUACGUGGUGUGGCAGGAGGUGUUUGAUAAUAAAGUAAAGGUUCGGCCAGACACAAUCAUACAGGUGUGGCGAGAAGAGGUGCCAGUAAGCUACAUGAAGGAGCUGGAACUGAUCACCAAGUCCGGCUUCCGGGCCCUGCUCUCUGCCCCCUGGUACCUGAACCGUAUAACUUACGGCCCUGACUGGAAGGAGUUCUACCUAGUGGAACCCCUGAACUUUGAAGGUACCCCUCAGCAGAAGGCUCUGGUGAUUGGGGGAGAGGCCUGCAUGUGGGGAGAGUAUGUGGACAACACAAACCUGGUCCCCAGGCUCUGGCCCAGAGGAGGGGCUGUUGCUGAGAGGCUGUGGAGCAGCAGGCUGACAGCUGACCUGACAUUUGCCCAUAAACGACUGUCGCGCUUCCGCUGUGAGUUGCUGAGGCGAGGUGUCCAGGCCCAGCCCCUCGAUGUAGGCUACUGUGAGCAGGAGUUUGAACAGAGCUGAGCCAGUGCCUCAGGCACCGAGGAGGGUGCUGGCCCUAGGAGAGGUGGUGGGGCCAGGCUUUGACUGCAUCCUGGCCAGGGGACGGAGCCCCUUGCCCACGUGCCCCUGUGCUUGGAGAGAAGGGGGCUGGUGCUGGCACUGGCGUCCAAUAAAGAGUGAUGUGGCGCUUUUUUAUAAUAAAUAUGGACUACCUGUGUAAAAACGCAAAAAUGUGUGAAUGGCCUGAGGGUAAGAGAGCGGCCAGGACUGGUCUUCUAGGCUGGUGAGAGUGAGUGAGCUCAGCAGGGCCCAGCCAGGUUGGGUUUAGUAUCUGCCCCUGGAUCCCAGUUGAGGGCUGGGGAUGAAACCUGUGGUGUCUGUAGCUUGUGUUCUGCUCUGCUCACCUAUGAGUUAUGUCACUCCUUUUCCACCCCUGAACAUGUUCCAGACACCCGCCCUCAUUCUCAGCCUGGUCACUGCACAUCUGUGUUACCACUCCAAGGCUCUGGUUACGGAAGGAGACAUCGUAGGGCCUGCAGGAGUUCCGGGCAAUGUUAGGGCUCCAGACCAGGCCUGGUCGCAGAACAGCUCCUACCCCGUGCACAGCUCCCGCCCUUAGAGCCGUUCUCUUUUGGGUUUCUUGCCACUUCACCUUCAUACAACCGUUACUUAAAUACUGUUGAACACAAUGUGGUCGAAGCAGUGUGGUAAGGUGUCGAAUUUGAAGGACGCAGAGGCCCUAGCCAACUCUGACAUAAUGCAGGCAUCUUCAACCCCCUCCUCUCACCCACUUUCAGCGGAUGGCACAGCUGAGGCCAUGAGAACAAAGCCCCUGGGGGGGCAAGGAGGUGGGCAUGUGGCUCUGAAAGGGGGUCUUUGCACAUGUGACCAGUUUUCUCUGGGAGGAAUUAUCUCAUUGUGAACCCAGCCUGCCCCCUGGUGGUUUCAUGUGCAGAAAUAACAAUGUAGCCCAGGGGCUGGGGCAGUAGGGGACAGCAAACGUUUUAGACGAGGAUUUCUUUGGCCAUUAUUUGUUAAGUUCUUUCGCCUGGUCUGGGCUGGGAGGACAAUGGCGAGGUCCCAGGCAUUUCUUUCAGAAAGCUCCCAGCAUGGUGGAUACAGAAACUUGGAGAAGGCAGGGCAGAGAGGAAUCUGAGUAAAACAUGGUCCUGAAACACCGUCCUUCAGUCCCUUGACCAUGUUCCUUUGGGGACGUGGUUGUAGGUAGACGAGCCCUGCAUUGUGCUGUUCCUGUGGGGACAGGGUGGGCAUCUUCUACCAGCAGAAUUCUCUUGGAAUUUUCGCACAGCCCAACCUAGCCAAGCCCAGGGCUCUAGCUAGAGACAUGAGCUAAGGCUCCGCCACUUGCACCCACCAGAGGAGCCCCCUGACCUCUGUUACCCAGAAACCUUUGGGGGUUCCAGGCAAGGACCCUGCAGAAAUGCUGCUACACUCCAAAUGCCCCUAUCUUCCUCCUCAUCAUAACUUUCGUGUUGCUGUUGUUUGGUUUAAUGUUAAAUAAAAAAAGCAGACACUAAAUUGUAGGUCUCAAGUCAGUGAAGGAAGAGAUGGAUCAUGAAAACAUUUGUGUUAAAGCAGUAUGCGUCAGUGAUUUGUUUCUAUUGUAAACAUUUUCUUUAAUGUUAUAAUCUUUACCAUUAAAAAGAUUAACAUGGCCUGCUCAA